AUGACAACUGAUCAUUACGUAUGCGACAUAAAUGCAAGUAGACCCCAUAUAAAACAAACUUUCAAAACCAAAACUGAAAUAAUGAAUUACUUACAAAUAAAUGCAUACGAUAAAACUUAUUCGUUAGUAAAUUUAGAUGGAUAUCAAGUUAUUUAUAAUUGUAAUUCACCUCAUUGUUUAAAUCAAUUGGUUUUUAAUUAUGAUGAAGUGCAAAAAUGUUUUAAAUUGUCAAGAAAUUAUCAAGCUCAUGUUGCUGUUCUGGAAGAGUCUGCUGUAGUUAGUAGCUAUUAUAAUCUAGAUAAAGAAGAAACAAUUCAAGAUCGCAAACAUAAUAAGUUGGCAAUUAAAUCAGUUGCAUCAUUAAAUAACUCAAACACUAACACUCAUCAAGACUAUACACAAGUUACAAUGAACAGUGGUAUUUCAAUAAAUUUGGAAACAGGAGAAAACUUACAAUUAAAUAUUUCUUUGGGUGAUAAUGAAAUUUCAUUGAAGAGACAUAGAUCAUUUAGUGAACCAAUGCGAGAAAGUAAAAGAUUUGCAUCUAGAAAAAUUAGAAAUUCUUAG